GGACCUUCCCCAUGUGUCACUGGACACAUGCAGCUGGCUUGAAGCACUUAAGGCCUCCUUGUGGGCGCUGCCGCAGCUGCUGUCAGGGCUGCCGAUGAAGUAAAGAAGGGGGCUCUUCUUCUUCCUGCCCUGGAGACCAAGAAGGCCUUCACUACCUUCUCCCCAGGCAGUGCCUUCCUCCUGGUCCAUGGGGGCAGUUGUGGCCAAAUUGCUCCUGCCUACCCUCAGCAGCCUGGCCUUCCUGCCCACAGUGAGCAUCGCUGCCAAGAGGCAGUUUUACAUGGAGGCCAUGGUCUACCUCUUCACCAUGUUCUUUGUGGCGUUCUCCCAUGCCUGCGAUGGGCCUGGCUUGUCCAUGCUGUGUUUCAUGCGCCGUGACAUCCUGGAGUACUUCAGCAUCUAUGGGACGGCCCUGAGCAUGUGGGUCUCACUAAUGGCACUGGCCGAUUUUGAUGAACCCCAGAGGUCAACCUUCACGAUGCUCGGUGUGCUUACCAUCGCGGUUCGGACUUUCCAUGACCGCUGGGGCUAUGGGGUGUACUCGGGCCCCAUAGGCACAGCCAUCCUCAUCAUUGCUAUGAAGUGGCUCAAGAAGAUGAAGGAGAAGAAGGGCCUGUACCCUGACAAGAGCAUCUACACUCAGCAGAUAGGCCCCGGCCUCUGCUUUGGGGCACUGGCCCUGAUGCUUCGCUUCUUCUUUGAGGAAUGGGAUUACACCUAUGUCCACAGCUUCUACCACUGUGCCCUGGCCAUGUCCUUCGUCCUGCUGCUGCCCAAGGUCAACAAGAAGGCUGGGAACACAGGGCCCCCCGCCAAGCUGACCUUCUCCACCCUCUGCUGCGCUUGCGUCUGACCACAGCCCCUGUCCUAGGCCCCUGCCCUCCUGUCUGGCAGUCCCACCAUCUCUCCCAAGAUACCUUCUCUGCUUCCCAAGUGGUGUGUCAAUGAGAAAUGGUCUCUUCUGCACCCCAAGAGACCAGCAGACCUGCUACACUCUGCUAAACGAUGCUUAGGGACCCACUAGCUUCACGUUCACCAGUUGCAGAAGGGAAAAAAAAAAGAAUUUUCUCCUCUAAGACUUCAUAACCAUAGGUGUGCCUGGCAGAGCUCUAGACCAGAAGAUACUGGCCACAAGUCCCAGCCCGGCAGUGUGCACAACAGGGUUCCUAAGUCCUGCCUGCCUGGAUUGUCUGCUUUCUCUAGAAAACUGGUAUUGCCACUUCUGCCCCCUGCCCAGGCUCUGAAAGUCCCCCUCCCCCACUUAGGAAGCUGGAGCCAGUGAAACCAGCUUUGGCCUGGACCCAAGCUUGCAUGCCCCUGUCUGGGCCCCAUCCCUUUAGCCAGGUCUUAGAUCAAGCCAUGCAGAGUAAACUCCUGAUCGGCCACUAGUCAUUAGCCUCCAAGAACACCUUAUAUACAUCCGGUUCCUAGAAAAAGUCUCUGCGCUGAGUGUUACAGUUCUGGUCUUGAGGGAGUGCCUGAGUUCAGGAUCGGCAACUGGCCUAAGGAUCAGCCUUAGGACUUCAGCCUAAGUCCAGGUGCUGGUAGACACAGAGCUAAAUCUGCUGCUAGCCUGGGUACCUGGGCUGGAGGCGGGGUAGACUGUUGAUCUUCAGUUUACUCUACACUGGCCUGAAGCUCACUCUGGGGCCCUGAAGAAAAGGCAAGUGCAGGAGACACCCCUGGGCCAGGCCUUGCUGGGAUUGCGCCAUACUGUGAGCAGUCCUGUCUGUAACAGACUGGGGGUCAGGGCGUGGCAGGGCAUGGCAGCCAUCACAGCAGCCUUCAGACAUCACCUCACAAGCCUGCAUCUCCCCAGCACCCCAAGCCAUCCCCUUUCCUAGUGACCCAAGGCCCAGCUGUCAGCAGGAAGUUACCUACACCUGUCUGGGACUUAUUAAUGUCUCCAGAUGGUGCCACUUCAAGGCAGCAGCUACCCACAUCCGGUCCCCACCCACUAGGCAGCUGGCAAUCUCUCCUAAGUCAUCUCCUGUACCUCCUAAGGAAGCCAGCUCCACCGCUUGGCUUGAAUGUCCCUCUCUUCCCAGCUUACCCCCUCAGCCUAGCCUUCUGGGUGCCUACCCCCGUGAACACCCACAACUCUGUAUCUCGGCCAUCUCUACCUGCCCCUUGCCUGCCCUCAUAUCCCCAGGUCCUGGUCGUAGACAAAGGUUACCCAUGGGUCUUGUCCCAUCUCUGGCCCCAGAGAUUCUUAAUGAUAGAGCAGCCCAGGAUGCCACAGGGCACCUCAGAAUGUUCAAAUCUGGCACCUAGGGACUAGGCCUCAUUUAUCAGGUAAGGAAGCCAAGACACAUAGUCUGGGCUCUGAGGCUCCUUAGAAAAGGAGCAGAGGGCUGGAGAGAUGGCUCAGUGGCUGAGAGCACUAGCUGCUCUUCCAGAGGACCCAGGUUC